AAUAUCUUAAAACUUUUUAAGUUGAAAAAGAAAAAAAGAAAAAGUAAUAAAAAAAAGGUAUUUAUUUAUUUCAUAAUGAUAGGAUACAUAGCCAUAGCUUUAGUGCUUCUUUUUGUUUACAGGUUCAUCAUUAAGAACUUGAUGAUCUACUUUACUUACAAGAGUAAAUUUGGUGAUAAGGUAGUUUUUAUGUUCUACCCUCUUUUAGGUAACUUUGGUAUUUCCAGAAAGUCUUUCAGAUAAUAUGGUGAUUCCCUUCACAUUUUAAAGACAAUUCAAAGAACUAAGCCUGAUGUUAAGGCUGUCAUGGUUUUCAAUGGAUUCAUCAUCUAGAUUAUCAUCAUUGACACCCAAUUAUAAAAGGUCUUCUUGCAAAACACCAAGCCCUACUACAAAGUAGAAGGUCCUUUCGGUGCUCGUGAUGCAUUUGGUUAGGGCUUAGUUGUUGCUGAAGAAAAGGUAUGGACUCGUUAAAGAAACUUCCUUUCUAACUCCUUCCACUUCAACGCUUUGAAGAAUCGUGUCCCUAUCAUCAAGGAGAUUACCAAGGAGUUCCUUUCAACUCUUCCCAGCGACGGUAAGACUCCCAUCACAAUUAUUGAAGAACUUUAAAACAUCACUUCUGAAGUCGUCAUCCAAACAUUCUUUGGUGAAAACUUAAAGGGAAUGACAGUAAAUGGUCUCUAACCCUCAGUCGAAAUCUCUAAAAUCAUCGGUGAUGGUUUCUCCUACAAGGCCAACAGCUUUGCCUACUUCUUAAAGCUCAUGGUCUUCGGCUAAGAAAAGGCCUCCAGAGUUUUGAACACAACUUUUGAAAAGAACUUCUUAAAGCGUGUUGAAAACUACAACUAAUUUAUUGAAGGAAUCGUAGACAAGCGUCUUUCUGAAUUAGAAAAGUUGACUGAUACUUCCAAGGUUGAUGAAAACUUCCUUAAUCUCUACUUAUUAGAAUAUAUUAAGCAACAAAAGGCUUUGAAGGAAAACCCUAAAAUAUAUGCUGAUUACGAAAUCAUUCCUAAAAGAGAAAUUGUCCACUAAUUCACCACUUUCUUCUUCGCUGGUAUGGAUACUACUGCCAACUAAACUGGUAUUUGUCUUUGGGUUUUGGCUUAACACCCUGAACUCCAACAAAAGAUCAGAGCUGAAAUUGAUUCUGUUAUUUAGACCUUUGACGAUCUUAAGCACGAAGAUUUGAAUAAACUUGAAUACUUCAAUGCUUUCUUCAAAGAAUCCCUCAGAGUUUAUCCCACUGCCCCUCAAGUCAUUCCUAGAGUCUCUGCUCGUGACCACAUGGUCGAUGACUUCCCUAUUCCCAAGGGUGCCUUCGUAUCAAACUUAACCAUUUAAUAUAAUGAAUAAAAGUUCCCACUCCUCUGCAAAGAUAUUGAUACCUUCAAUCCCGAUAGAUUCUUAGACAAGAACAUCAUUCAAGAUCAUUUCAGUUUUAUCCCUUACUCAGCAGGUCCCCGUAAUUGCAUCGGCUAGCACUUGGCCUUAAUCGAAGCUAAGAUCAUGAUUGCUUACAUCCUCAAAAAUUACGUAGUUUUACCCAACGAAGAACACUAGAAAGUUAGAUUUAACCACUUAUUCUUGUACACCAGCUACGAAAGAGAUAUUAUCAAAUUAAAAAAACUUACUGCUUGAUAUAGUUGCACAAAGCAGAUAGUUAGAUAGAUAGAUAAUAAAUAAACCAUUUAAUUUAUUAGAUUAGCAUAAGAAAUAUGAAAAGCAAAAAAUUAACUAACUAACUAAAUAAAUAAUUAACUAACCUUACUUAUUAAUAACUACAGACUAAAAAACAAAUAAAAAAUAAAUUAAUAAAUUAAAUUAAAUGCUUUUUUCUUAAUUUCUUAGUAAUUUAAUUUAAAAAGUCUUUUCUAUUAUUUCUUUAGUUGUAU